UAAAGAAAAGCCGGCCAAUAAGUUGACUAAAAAUGUCCACUGUCAAGCUGAAUCGCAAUAGACAAAGUCAUGUACAAAUCCAUAAACGUAACACACAAGCAUAUCAUGCUCUUCAAUCCAUCCAUCCCCAAUCGACCAACUACAAACAAGAUCCCAUAAUCGCGUAAUUCCAUGAUUUUCUGAAGAUUUCAUCCGAAGUCAUCAACAAUUAACAUAACAAAGAUCACGGAAUCCCACAAUUUCAAAACCCCAUCAAGAAUAUCCCUAAAUUGUUCUUGUAUGUUUGGAAUUUUCUCUCUGAAAUGGGAUUAGAUGCUAUCAAACCCUCACCGGUGCCCACCGGAGAAGAAAACACAUCAAAUCAAUCCACUUCGCUUCUCUCUUUCGACACAGACAUCACCACCACCCCAGCAAAACCCUCUACCACCACCGUCCUCCUCUUCUCCCUCCUCUUCACCACCUGCGUCGCUCUCUCCGCCGCCUUCGCUUUCGCCUUCCUCUUCUUCUCCUCCGUUACAUCCACCAAUCACCACCACAGCACCACCGCUCUCCAAAUCGCCCGUCCACUCAGUAAACUCACUCACCCAGUCGUCAUCCUCAUUUCCUCAGAUGGGUUCCGAUUUGGGUACCAAUUUAAAACCCCAACACCCAACAUCCAACGAUUAAUCAAAAACGGAACCGAAGCUGAAACUGGAUUGAUUCCAGUUUACCCAACGUUAACCUUCCCAAAUCACUACUCAAUCGCCACCGGAUUAUACCCUGCUUAUCACGGAAUCAUAAACAACAAAUUCAUUGAUCCAAUCGCAGGUGAUACUUUCACAAUGGCCAGCCAUGAACCCAAAUGGUGGCUAGGCGAACCCAUUUGGGAGACAAUCGCGAACCAAGGGCUCAAAGCGGCUACAUAUUUCUGGCCUGGAUCCGAGGUAAAAAAAGGUUCUUGGGAUUGUCCUGUAAAUUACUGUGCACCCUAUAACGAAUCAGUCCCAUUCGAAGAUCGCGUUGAUACUAUCCUCCAUUAUUUCGAUUUAUCAAAUGAAGAAAUUCCUGUUUUCAUGACAUUGUAUUUCGAGGACCCUGAUCAUCAAGGUCAUCAAGUUGGCCCUGAUGAUCCUCAAAUUACAGAAGCUGUUAGUAACAUCGAUGGGUUGAUUGGUAGAUUGAUUAACGGAUUAGAAAAACGUGGUGUUUUCGAAGAUGUUACCAUAAUCAUGGUAGGUGAUCAUGGAAUGGUUGGUACUUGUGAUCAAAAGUUGAUAUUUUUAGACGAUUUAGCUUCUUGGAUCAAGCUUCCGACAGAUUGGGUACAAUAUUAUACUCCUGUGUUAUCUAUUCGUCCACCUUCUGAUCAAUCCCCUUCUGAAAUUGUCGCCAAAAUGAACCAAGGAUUGAGUUCAGGGAAGGUCAAAAAUGGCGACAAAUUGAAAGUUUAUCUCAAAGAAGACCUUCCUGCAAGGCUGCACUAUUGGGAAAGUGAUAGGAUCCCUCCGAUUAUUGGGUUAGUCGAUGAAGGGUUUAAGGUUGAGCAAAAGGACUCGAAGAGUAAGGAAUGUGGAGGUGCACAUGGAUAUGAUAAUGCAUUUUUUUCGAUGAGAACGAUUUUUAUUGGUCAUGGUCCUCAAUUUGCUAGAGGUAGAAAGGUACCAUCUUUUGAGAAUGUUCAAAUAUAUAAUUUAAUUACUUCGAUUCUCAACAUACAUGGAGCUUCCAACAAUGGGUCUUUAUCUUUUGCAAAGAGUGUGCUUUUGCCUCAUCAUUGACUCAAGUUUGAGUGUUGAAAUCUGUGCAUGUUUUAGGGCAAUGCUGUUUAAUUGUUGUAGAUGUAAAGUUAAUAAUGGUGCUUAUAGCUUAAGAUGCAUUGGUUCAUUGGUUGAAUGUAACUUCUGAGUGUUUGAAUCUUGUUUGCAUCUAGAAAGGGUGGCAAUCUUAUAGUGUUAGGUUGGCGAGUUGACACUCAAAAAACUCAACCUAGACACCAACCAUAUAAUUAUUCGUGUCAUGUUUUUCAACACUAACUCGCAUUCGACUUGCCUAAUCCGUUUAAUUAUAUGAGUUUACAUGUUUGUGUAUCA